UAAUUUGGCAUCAUUUGUUUAGUUUUAGAUUUUUACCUAUUGGAAUAUUUUUAACAAUGUUGUGGGAGCUGUGAAAUUAUAUAAUUUUUUUAAAAAUAGUUCGUAAACAUAACAAGAAAUAAUAACGCUGUAAAUAAAAAUGGCUGUUUUUUCAAAAUAUCUCGAUCGAGUGGCAGAUAGACUAGAUCAAGCAGGCUUACCGAAAACCACUCUUAGCCAUGUUUUAGUUGGUGCCGCAAUUGCCGCAUGGACAAUAAAAUUAACAUAUCCUAUGUUAAAGAAUAAAAAAACAAAGAACGAAACAAAUGUAGAUAAAAUAAAUAAUAAUCGAACUGGAAAAAAUCAUGGAGCCUUAACACCACCUCAAACGGAAGUGAGCGAAGAUGACGAAUCUAAAUUGGCGGAAGCUGAGAAACUGUUAGUGGAGCAACAAAUGAAAAAUCAGAAAAACAAAAACAUUUUAGAACCUGGUCUUAAUAAAGAAUUUGUAAAUCAACUAACUACGUUGUUAAAAAUUAUGAUACCAAAGCCAUUCUGCUACGAAACUGGCCUUUUAAGUGUGCACACGCUGUGUCUAAUAUCAAGAACUUUUCUUAGUAUAUAUGUAGCUGCUUUGGAGGGUGCCAUUGUCAAGUAUAUCGUACGCAAAGAUGUUCGUCAAUUUGCUAUAGUACUACUUAAAUGGUUUGGGAUUGCUAUACCAGCUACCUUUGUCAAUUCAAUGAUACGUUUCUUAGAAAGUAAAUUAUCGCUGGCAUUCAGAACACGUUUGGUCCGCCAUUCUUAUCGUUUAUAUUUUAAAAAUCAAAACUACUAUCGAGUAUCAAACCUGGAUGGUCGUAUCGAAAAUGCUGAUCACAGACUUACUGAAGACAUUUCUGUGUUCGCAAGUUCCAUUGCUCAUUUGUACAGUAGCCUCACCAAGCCAUGUUUUGAUCUUAUGCUUAUCGGACUAGCUUUAAUGCGAUCAUCCCAAAAAAUGAAAUCAAAUAUUUUUUCAGGUCCUGCAUUAUCAAUAACCGUAAUUUCACUAACAGCUCAUAUAAUGAGAGUAGUUUCUCCGAAAUUCGGGCAAUUAGUAUCUGAAGAAGCUAAUCGUUACGGCUAUCUACGUCACAUACAUUCGCGUAUUAUAACGAACGCAGAAGAAAUAGCUUUUUAUGGCGGUCACAAGGUGGAACUGCAACAACUUAGACAGGCCUAUAAUCGUUUGGUUAAUCAAAUGAAUACAAUAUUUACGCAAAAAUUGUGGUUUGUAAUGCUAGAGCAAUUCUUUAUGAAAUAUGUGUGGUCAGGUACAGGCAUGGUUAUGGUUUCUCUACCAAUAUUAACUGGUGCUGUUGCAAGCAAAUCAACAACCUCCGCAAAUAAUGAUUCUACAGUUAGUGAACGUACUCAGUACUUAACGACAGCAAGGAAUUUGUUGAUUUCUGCAGCCGAUGCUAUUGAACGUUUAAUGUCUUCAUAUAAAGAAGUUGUUGCACUGGCUGGCUAUACAUGUCGUGUGGCGGGAAUGCUCGAAGUAUUUGAAGAAACCGCUCAAGGAAUCUACAGUAAAACCACUGUCGCAGAAAGCAAUGAAUGCCAGGGUAUUAUUGAAUUCCGAAAUGGUAAACCAAUAGCUAAAGGUCGUAUUAUUUAUAAGAUGGAUGCCGAUAUGUCAAUUUCUCUUAUUGCUGUACCUGUCGUUACACCCAAUUGUGAUGUGGUGGUACCAUGUUUAAAUUUAAGCAUAGAACCGGGCAUGCAUUUACUUAUAACUGGGCCAAAUGGUUGUGGUAAAUCCAGUUUAUUCCGUAUUUUAAGUGGACUGUGGCCAAUAUAUUCGGGAGAAUUGCAUAUUCCUCAACCAAUUGAGGGAAAACCUUGUAUGUUCUAUAUACCACAACGUCCAUACAUGUCAAUUGGUAGUCUUUGUGAUCAAAUCAUCUAUCCCGAUUGUCGGGAAAAUAUGUUACGGAAGGGCAUAACAGAAAACGAACUAAGAUCCAUAUUAAAAUUGGUUUCCUUAGAACAUUUAGUCCAAAGGGAUGGUUUCGAUGUUAUACGUGAUUGGAAAGAUAUUUUAUCAGGUGGAGAAAAGCAACGCAUGGCUGUAGCCCGACUUUUCUAUCAUAAACCGAAAUAUGCCUUAUUAGAUGAAUGUACUAGUGCAGUAUCAAUUGACGUAGAAAGUUCAAUUUAUGAAACUGCUAUAAGCAUGGGUAUUACGCUCUUGACCAUCACACAUCGACCGACGUUAUGGAAAUUUCACACACAUAUAUUAGAAUUUGAUGGCCAAGGUGGUUGGAGUUUCCGUCCAAUGGAAGCCAAUGAGCAACAGAGACAGUUCCCAAUACAUUAAAUGUUAUUUCGUUUUGUAUUAUAAUUAGUUUUUAAGUUUUGUUUUAUAUUUGUACAAUAUAAUUAGAGUAAAUUUAUUGUAAA